AUGGGCUUCCCUUUUGACUUGCUCAGAGACGAGCGACCGUCUACCCCGACACGAUGGCCUACUAGGGAAGGCCUCCAGUUUUAUUACCCCUUCGUCGCGCGCCCCUACAUGUUGAAGCACCAGGUUUCUGAGAUGGACGCCAUCCAGAUGUUUAUCCGACACGAUUACGAACGCAAGAAGGAGGAAGAAAUUGCGAAAGACACCAUUGAAAUGACCAAAAUUGUCUUGUUAUACAGAAGAAUCCGAUUCCUUGAUAUUUACGAAGGGUUCAUCGAGGGAUGCCUUGAUCUCACCGGAAGGCACGAAUCUAGAUGGACGGAAUACAUGGAAGGGUUCGAAGAGUACAUCCGCGAUUUCGAUAAGCUUGUGCCAUUCAUUAUUACGGUCACAAGAAUGGAGGAGUACCCAUGGGGGGACAAAUAUCCGGUGACAGAAUACGAGCUAAGAGCCAGGGGUGAUGGCCUUUAUUCCCGCUGGAUGCAACGAUGGGACAUCAAACAGGAUGAAGCCUACGGGUGUCUGCACCGAUCCCUUCUCACCCACAAGCUUUGGAAAACCAAACCAAAACCCAAAUUCCAGACGCUCACCUUAAUCGACCUCCCUGAAGACGUGCUGGAGCUCGUUUUUGACGAGUGCAGUCGACCGCAACUGCUCGCCAUCUCGAAAACGUGCAGAGCCCUCCGUUGGGCUAGAGGACAUUGUCUGAUGGAUUCCUCCAUCACGUUCAGCGAGUUGAAGGAACAAACCAUCGCUCAGACUCUCGACCCGGAUUCCAACCCAUUACCCCAAUUAGCACCUUACCUCCAAACAGCCUAUAAGCGCUGCAUGGAUCGCAUCGCGUACCAUUUGGAGAACCCCAAGCAAUGCAUGCGGAUGCAGACACUGAGCGUCAGCUUUUCCUGGAGAUGGUUUCCCUGGAGAUGGGAUCCCGGUAGCGACCCCCUCAGGCCUAUCGAUGAGGUGCUGCAUGCCACCAUGUUCAAGUCGCUGCUCGGUGCCCUGCGCCCCCUUCUUAAACCCGAGAUUCUGUGCAACCUCACACAUCUCCACUUUGGAUACACCCGUUUCGAUGUGGAGGGCCUGUCUGCCAUCUGCUCACUCAGGAAACUGAGGACCAUGUCCUUCCAAGACUGCAGCUUGGAACGCUCGGGUGAUAUGGAGGCAUUACUUCAGGGCGAAACGCCGCCAUUUGUAUCGCCUGCUAUCAAUCUCGAGCUACGUUUCGGAUACUCUGAUCCGCCAAACACCCAAUGGCCCAUCCUAACAUUAUUUCCUUGCGUACGCAACCUUUCGCUCGUUUCAUUUGACGGCUACAACGGGCUUCACUUUCCUGAUGAAGUCCUUCAUUCCAAAUUCCGCUGUAUCAACGUCUUGGAACGGCUCUUUGUCAAUUGCAUUUCCGACGCCACCAUUCCUCACCUUGCUUCAUGGCUCGCGGAACGGCCCUCUCGCCACUCCGAUGACGUCGUUGACACAUUGGCGUAUUUCAAAAUAUCCAACGACUAUCACCUUUCUGAAGACGCAAUGCGGCUCCUUCUGACGUCCCUCCGCUCGGAGAGGUUGAAGGUGCUGGCGCUGGACGGCAUCAAAUAUCAAAUGGGAUAUCCGAACUUUAUUGAGUUCCUGACUCAACUCUUUCCGAACCUCUACUCACUGAGCCUCGCUGUCCGCGCCAACGCCCUACAGAAAUCGUGGAGACCGGUUGUCUGGCCUGAGCCAUCUUGGGCCUACGCACCACGCUUUGCGGGGUUCAACUGUUUGGAGCACUUCAUCUGGAAUUAUAACACUCCAGUAUAUGAUGCCACGCCGUACCCGCUUGAAAGGUUUGAACGCGCAGUCAUGGGUGAGGUGGAUCAGGACCAGGAAGAGGAUUGGGAGCACUGGUCGAAGGUCAGGGACCUUCUCUACUUCGACGACUACGAACGCAGUGCCGCACCGUUUGCAGUCCACUGCCCUACGUUGCGGACGUUUUCGUCGGACAGGUUAUCCCCUGUGUGCGAGAUUACACGCGACGUCGAUGAGGGAGGGGUGCUUCGGAAGGUGCGGAUUGAGUGUCUCGAUGGAAGGAUGCUUUUUACGGCUAAAGGCAAAAGAAAAAGCGAAAAGCUUAGAGAGGAGAAUCCCAAUUAUGCGUGUAUGUCCGAUCGGUGGAAAGAUUUAUGA